UUUAAAAUAGAAGGGUUUUUUUAUAACAAAGUUCAUGUAAGUUUAUAGCAGUUCAUAUGCAAACAGCUUCCCUGUACAGCUAGUACAUUUGCAAAGAGCAUUAAGCCUGCAAUCAAAUAUCUAAAAUGUGGAGCACACUUAAAUCUGGGAUGUGUGUUAGGGUACAUUAAGAAACGCUGCUUUUACUAAGUUCUUGGCAUGAUCAUAAGAGAUUUACCACAGCCAAGGAUGGGGCAAGCUGAAUAGCUCACAGAGGGGACUCAGACAUUUUGGAUCCUGACUCGUUUAACUUUGUUUACACAGUUGACUCCGUUCAUUCUCUGAAACAAGUCACUUCCCCUGUGCUGGCUGAUAAGAGUUUAGCAGCUUGUUGAGGUGGAGUGUCAGAGUCAUUCCCAGCCACACCACUGGCCCCUGUGCACCGCUUGCACUGGAAGCUGUUUGGAAAAGAAGAAAUAGAGAUCUGUGAAGGGAAAUCAUGCAUCAUCCUCCUGGCUGGAAACCACUGAAGACUAUAAGCUGCUUUCAUCAUGUGGAUUCACCGGAGAAAUGACCUUCCUAGAUCAGCCAGGCCAAAUCAUAAACUGGUUUGUUUGCUCGCUGUGCACCCCACGGGUGCUGAGGCUCUGCAGUGGCAGGCGUCCCAGGACCAGGAGGAAUCUGCUGCUGGGUGUAGCCUGUGUGCUGUACGUGGGGUUUCUGGUCAGUCAAGUGGGUCACAUUUUACCCCAGCACAGAGGGGGACGCCAGAAGGUCAGUUCCAGGAGUCUUCAAGAUGCUGGUCAGACACCUUUUCUGGGGAUCCCACUGGAUGGCACUUUGUCCCCACCUGAUCUCCAAGGGCCCCAGAUGGCUGGCAAUGGGACCUCAGCGCCACCCAACGUGGUGUACAUCACACUGCGGUCCAAGCGCAGUAAACCCACCAACAUCCGAGGCAGUGUGAAACCCAAGCUCAGGAAGAAGCAUGGAUUCCCUUUGCCCUAUGGGCAGCGCUUUCCAGCAGGUGUCACUGGGCAGGAGGAAGUCUUGUCCCAGCAGCAGGGGCGGACUAGCUACUCCAUGGGAAUAAUGAGGGCAGCAGUAGUUCCAGAGACACCAAGGCACCAACUGAAGAAGCACUGGGAUGGAGAGAGGGAGGCAGCGGGCAGGGGACACCGAAGUCAUAUUAGGGUUUCAGGAGGUGUAAAUGUGCAGCCCCAGGCUCGGGAGAGUAAUAUUAGGAUAUACAGUGAGAAGUCCCCCUCGUGGCUGAGCAAAGAUGACAUCCUAAGCAUGCGUUUGCUGGCAGAUUCCCGGAUAGGCAGUAUCCGAGAAGCACCCUCUCAGCAUGGAGUCCUAUUGGUGUUUGAAAGGAAUCCCAGUGCCACAGGAGCAGCUUGCAGUCAAGGGUACUGUGGCAUCAUCAAGAGACCACUUGAUAUGAGCGAGGUGUUUGCCUUCCAUUUAGACAGGAUUCUGGGGCUGAAGAAGACCUUGCCUUCUGUAAGCAGGAAAUCGGAGUUCAUCCAAGAUGGUCUGCCAUGUCCUGUUAUUCUCUGGGAUUCCUCAUUGGCUCCAACAAAUAAUAGGACCCAUUCUUCCGUGAGGCUAAAUUGGGGGGCCUAUCAGCAGCUAUUGAAACAGAAGUGCUGGCAGAAUGGCAAAGUGCCCAAAGCUGAGUGGGGCUGUACUGAGAUCCAUCACCAUGAGUGGUCCAAGAUGGCACUCUUUGAUUUUCUUCUGCAGAUCUACAAUCGACUGGACAGAAAUUGCUGUGGGUUCAAACCUCGCAAGGAGGAUUCCUGUGUCCAGAAAGGACUGAAGCUGAAAUGUGAAGAUCAAGAUUCUGUUGACUUGACACACAUUAUUCAGAGAAGGCAUGACCCUAGGCACUUGGUCUUUAUAGAUAAUAAAGGUUUCUUUGACAGAAGCGAAGACAAUCUGGAUUUCAAAAUAUUACAAGGAAUCAAAGAGUUCCCUGAAUCUGCAGUUUCAGUGCUGAAAAGCCAGCGCUUGCGAGAGAAGCUUCUUCAGUCUCUGUUCCUUGACAAAGUAUAUUGGGAGAGCCAAGGAGGUCGCCUAGGAAUUGAAAAACUUAUUGAUGUGGUAGAAAGGCGUGCCAAAAUUCUCCUCACCUAUAUAAAUGCCCAUGGAGCCAAAGUAUCACCCAUGAGUGAAUGAAAGUCUUUUUUCCCCUAACUCUAAGAAUUACAGUUAUAUAAGGCAAGAACUGAUGGCAAAAUUGCUUUUUCUUUUAAAAUUAUUUUAAUUUCUAAAACAUAACAGUAGCCAGGUAAGCCUGCGUUUGUUUAGACAUUUGAAAAAAAAUGUUAUA